CUGAUUGUGGUUUGGAAUAUCAACGGACAAGUUCUACCUCCUCAAAGUCACUCUCUCUCUCCGAUGAAUCACGAACUUCAUCAUCACCACCAACAUAGAAAAUGCUCAACAAUUCUCCUUCUUUAGGGUGACAAACUUCGUACUACUUCAAAGAUGUCAAUUUGAAUGAACAACUUCGAGCAUCUCUGCGUUUCUCUUCUGAAACAUUGCAAGACCCUUAAAAAUGUCAAGCAAAUCCAAGCCCACGCUUGCAAGACCGGCCUCGACACCCAUCCAUACUUCUCCGGAAAGCUCCUCCUCCACUGUGCUAUAUCAAUCUUUGACUCUCUCGACUACGCUCGCCUUCUCUUCCUCCACACACCAAACCCAGAUGUUUUCAUGUACAAUACCCUCAUCCGAGGACUUUCCGAGACCGAUUCCCCACAAAACUCCCUCCUCACGUUCAUUCAAAUGCGUCGAAAAUUGGAAUUACCUCCCGAUAGCUUCUCUUUCGCCUUCGUUGUCAAAGCAGCUGCGAAUUUGAGGUGUUUGAGAGCUGGGUUUCAGCUCCAUUGUCAAGCUCUGGUUCACGGGCUCGAUACCCAUCUUUUUGUUGGGACUACUCUGAUUAUUAUGUAUGCUGAAUGUGGGUGUGUUGUUUCUGCAAGGAAGGUGUUUGAUGAAAUGUUUCAACCAAAUGUCGUUGCGUGGAAUGCUGUUGUUACUGCUUGUUUUAGGUGUGAUGAUGUAAAGGGUGCUGAGAACUUGUUUGAUCGAAUGCCAAUUAGGAAUUUGAUGUCGUGGAAUGUAAUGCUUGGGGGGUAUGUGAAAAAGGGUGAGAUUGGGCUUGCAAAGAAAUUGUUUCUUGAGAUGCCCAUAAAAGAUGAUGUUUCUUGGAGUACUAUGAUAGUUGGGUGUGCUCAUAAUGGUUGUUUCGAUGAGGCUUUUGGUUUGUUCAGAGAGCUUCAGCAUGUUGGAAUUAGACCGAAUGAGGCUAGCUUGACGGGAGUUCUCUCUGCCUGUGCACAAGCCGGGGCAUUCGAAUUCGGGAAAAUCCUCCAUGGAUAUAUUGAUAAAGCUGGGUUAGUUUGGAUCAGUUCUGUGAAUAAUGCACUCUUAGAUACAUACUCUAAAUGUGGGAAUGUGGGUAUGGCCCGUUUGGUCUUUGAACGAAUGCCAGGAAAGAAAAGCCUUGUUUCUUGGACUUCGAUGAUGGCAGGGCUUGCAAUGCAAGGGUAUGGUGAAGAAGCAAUGAAAAUUUUCGACAAGAUGGAGAAGUCUGGAGUUAGACCUGAUGGCAUCACAUUCAUUUCAAUCUUGUAUGCUUGUAGUCAUGCAGGAUUAAUUGAAGAAGGAUGUGGAUAUUUUUCUAAAAUGAGGGAAAUUUAUGGAAUAGAACCAGCAAUUGAGCAUUAUGGUUGUAUGGUUGAUCUCUAUGGCCGAGCUGGUCAGCUUCAAAAGGCUUAUGAAUUUGUAAUUCAAAUGCCAAUAUCACACAAUGCCAUUAUUUGGAGGACUCUCCUUGGUGCUUGCAGCAUUCAUAACGACGUUGAAUUGGCUGAGCAAGUGAAGGAAAGGCUUUCCGAGCUUGAUCCCAACAAUUCUAGUGACCAUGUUUUGUUAUCAAAUAUUUACGCUGUUGCAGGGAAAUGGAAACAUGUUGCGACCGUGAGAAGAUCUAUGACUGACCAGAGGUUGAAGAAAAUUCCUGGUUGGAGCAUGAUUGAAGUCGACAAGGUCAUGUAUAGUUUUGUGGCGGGUCAAAAGCAAAAUAAGAUUACCGAAGAGGCUUAUCAAAAAUUAAGGGAAAUAAUGUUGAAGCUUAGGGUUGAAGGUGGUUAUGUUCCCGAGGUUGGGAAUGUUUUGCAUGACAUAGAGGCAGAGGAAAAGGAAGAUUCUUUGUCUAAGCACAGUGAGAAGCUUGCUGUUGCUUUUGGGAUCGCAAGAUUGUGCAAGGGAAGUGUUAUUAGAAUAGUGAAGAAUUUGAGGGUUUGCAAGGACUGUCAUAUCGUAAUGAAUCUGAUUUCUAAGGUUUAUGGAUUGGAGAUAGUGGUGAGAGAUAGAAGUCGAUUUCACUCCUUCAAGGAUGGCUCUUGUUCAUGUAGAGAUUACUGGUAGUUGAUGGUGAUUGGUCUAUUAAAUAUUGAAAAAGCAAAAGAUGAAAUAUUGCAAAAUGAAAAAGUUAUGAAUUGUCGACCAAGAUAAGGUUCUGGGAAUGGUAGAACAUAGGCAGCACUGCAGCUAUGGAUACUGAUGAUAUGCCUCUGCCAAGGCCAUAGCUUGGGAGAACUUAGAGCCGAGAGCUUCUUGUUUUAUUUUUGUUAUAUUUAUUUUGUGCAAACCUAGGGUUUUAUUUGUAUUGAGUUUAAACUCACUUUUAGUGUAGCCAAGUAUUGUCUUGGAGAGUUGUAGCCAUUAGGGAAUUUAUGUAUUUGUUUAACUUUUAUUUCGUACCAGUAACUUGUGGCACAUGCUAUAGAUUCAGAGUUAAAGAUUAUGAAUGUAUAACUGCAUGUGUUACCUUUUGUACAAUAAGAUCAUAUGAAUGAAAGGAUAUUAUAUUCA